AACAACCAAUAGGUGACGAGGUGGGCGGGGCCUACAGAAUAACAGCGGAGGAUUCAAACUGAGCAUGGCUGCGGGCAAGGAUGUCGAUAAAAACACACAAAAUAAAAGCGGUACAGUGUGCAGUAUGGUGAUCAAUCAUGAGAAAUCACCUGGUGGCUCUCGUGCUGGCCGACCACCAGUCAUUUUCAACCCAGACUUUUUUGUGGAGAAACUCCGCCACGAGAACCCUGAUGUUUUCCUGGAGCUGGUGCUUAGUAACAUCACUCGCCUUAUUGAUCUUCCUGGGACAGAGUUUGCACAGCUGCUUGGUGAGGAGAGCCCUAAGACCCCAACAGGUGGAAAUGGAGGCUUCUUUCGCUCUUUCAACUUCCUCAAACGCAAAGAUAAAGACGUUGUGUUUGGAACCCCACUGACUGAGAUGUGCAUUGCCCAGAUCUACCAGCUCAUUGAGUACCUCAGCAAAAAUCUGCAUGUGGAAGGUCUGUUUCGGGUGCCAGGGAACAGUGUCCGGCAGCAGACCCUGAAGGAGCUCCUCAACAGCGGAGUCGAUGUUGACCUGGAGUCUGGAGACUUUCACCCCAACGAUGUGGCCACGCUGCUCAAGACUUUCCUGGGAGAGCUGCCCGAGCCCCUGCUCACGCACAGACACUUUCACGCACACAUUAAGAUAUCUGAUCUGACUCUGUUUGACGAACAUGGCAACAAGACUGCGAUACCCAACAAGGAGCGUCAAAUAGAAGCCCUGCAGCUUCUCUUCCUGCUGUUACCUCAGGCCAACCGAUCUCUGCUCAAACUGCUGCUGGACCUUCUUUACCACACUGCCAAGCAGCAGGACAAGAACAAGAUGUCUGCCUUCAACCUGGCCCUCAUGUUUGUGCCGCAUGUCCUCUGGCCCAGACAUAUGACCGCUGGUGACCUGAAAGACAAUCUGAAGAAACUGAACAACACCAUGGCCUUCCUCAUCAAGCACUCUCAGAAACUCUUCAGGGCUCCAGUCUACCUGCGUGAAUAUGCCAGAAUGCACUUCACUGGGAGCAAGACUCUGCAGACCAAGGAUGAUCUGGAGCUGCUGAGCUCUGCUCUCAGCGGACUAGCGUUGCCCCUGAAGAGGACGGCUGUUCGAGGCCUCAGCUCUCAGGAGCAGCACCAAUCACCGGCUCAACAAUACACAGAAGAAGCUCUGAAGGAGCUCUUCAGACACGUCCACCACAACAUGCCCGACUCUGCCAAGAAGAAGAAACUCGUCCGACAGUUGGUCAAACAGACAACCUCAGGGACGCCUACUAACGAGCUCCACCAGGUCCCCCCAGCAGCCAGCAAGAAACAUCCUCGUUCCCGCUCCUUUGGUGGCCUCAUCAAGCGUAAAGCUCGCGGUGAGCAGCUGACUGCAGAGAGGCGGCUCCGACACUCCCCCGACACCGCCACAAAGGCUGCGAGAAAAGCUGGUAAAGAGAACGUCGUCCUGCAAGGGGUGAACAGCCAGUUAAAUGGUCACGUGUUGGGGAAGGCAGGGCUGGUAGUAAAACAUCCAGACUUUACUUUCAAGAAGGACAAAGCUCUGAAGGUUUCUAAGCACUCUCCCUCUGUGACCAGGAUGUGUUUCUCUCCUGCUCAGGAGAUCUCUCUGUAAAACACCUCGUCUCGGCCAGGACAUGGGCAGUAUUAAUAUUGUUAUUCCUCUCGUUUAUCAUUGUUUACAUCGUAGUAAGUCUAUUUGAACUGUGACUAAUAUACAAAAGCAUUUAGUCUUGGCCAGAUCAGCCAAACCAAAGCCAGGAACUCAAGACGUGAGUUCCACAAACUGAUACAUGCCGUUAAAUGAAAUCCUCCACUGUCCUUUUUUAAUUUAUUUUCUUUACUUCCAGAAAUUGAAAUGGUCCCAAUAUUCUGUGUGAAUGUGGGACCAGAUGAAGGGCAGCGGCUCCUGUGAUGCCACAUAAUGGUUCAGUGUUGAGUGACGAUCACUUUCCGUAAUGACCUCAAAGCACCACACGUCUGCAUUAUACGCUGAAGGAACGUGUUUUACUUUCACUUCGAAGCAUUAACGUUCAGGACGUCGCUUCCUGCUUUGUUUUGAAUACACUGUCUAAACCUCUGGUUGUUGCUUAGCUCGACCUUUUUCUAAUGUGAAUAUUUCAAAUGGAACAGUAAGCCGUGUCUUGUCUUUGGUUUGGCUUCGCUGGCUCUGACCCGUUUGUGCCAUUAUCACUUUAAACGUGUUUGUUAGCUACUGUAUCAGCGUGUGACCACUAGCUGAGCGUACGUCUGCUGUACAGUGG